AUUGUGUUGGAAUUCCAAGUCCCAGUCCUAAUCUGCGGGGCAGUGACGCGUCCAGCCUCGGUUCCAUGCCACGCCGGUCUCCUUCUCUCCCUCCGAUGCGCGAGGCCGCCAUUUUAUGUCAAGAUUUGGUGGCGCUUUGGAACCGUUUUUCGGGGAAUAAUCCUAAAUUUUAGGUGCCCCACCAAACAAUUCUUAACAUUCAAUAACACAGGUUUAAGGAAUAGGUAUUCCAGAGGGGUUCAGUAUAACGUUGUUAAAUUCCUGCCAAGGUUGACUAGUCGGACCAUGUCGUCAGCCACGGCGAGCUCCCGAGCGCGAGUGUAUGCAGAUGUGAACGUUCAUCGACCCCGGGAAUAUUGGGAUUACGAAUCCCAUGUAAUAGAAUGGGGGCAGCAAGAUAAUUACGAACUGGUCCGAAAGCUCGGAAGAGGCAAAUACAGUGAAGUGUUUGAAGCAAUUAAUAUAACAAAUGAUGAAAAAGUAGUAGUCAAAAUAUUAAAGCCAGUAAAAAAGAAAAAGAUUAAAAGGGAAAUUAAAAUUCUACAAAACUUGAGAGGUGGUGUCAAUAUUAUAGAUCUGCUGGAUGUAGUCAAGGACCCAGUGUCCAGAACACCUGCUUUGAUAUUUGAAUAUGUGAACAACACGGAUUUCAAGCAAUUGUACCAAACAUUUACAGACUUUGACAUCAGAUUUUAUUUGUUCGAGCUUCUAAAGGCACUGGAUUUCUGUCAUAGCAGAGGAAUCAUGCACAGAGAUGUCAAACCGCACAAUGUGAUGAUUGACCAUGACAACAGAACGUUGAGACUUAUCGACUGGGGCCUGGCAGAGUUCUAUCAUCCAGGCCAAGAAUACAAUGUCCGUGUGGCAUCCCGGUACUUCAAGGGCCCUGAGCUUCUUGUGGACCAUCAAGAGUAUGACUACUCUCUCGACAUGUGGAGCUUUGGCUGCAUGCUCGCCAGUAUGAUUUUUCGUAAAGAACCCUUCUUCCAUGGACAUGACAACUAUGACCAGCUGGUCAGGAUUGCGAAAGUCUUAGGAACAGAAGAUCUUUUUGACUAUAUUGAGAAAUAUCACAUAGAGCUAGAUCCAAGAUUCAAUGACAUCUUAGGAAGGCAUUCAAAAAAACGCUGGGAAAGAUUUGUCCACUCAGAAAACCAACAUCUUGUCAGUCCAGAAGCGCUUGAUUUGUUGGACCGCCUACUCAAAUAUGAUAUCCAGGAACGAGUUUCAGCAAAGGAGGCCAUGGAUCAUCCCUACUUUUAUCCAGUAGUCAAGCAACAAGGUCAAGCGCAGAAUCCGAUGAGUCCUCAGAUGCAGUCAAUCAACAACUCAUCCAUGCAACCGAUUGGCUCUCCCCUACCACCCUCAAUCUCGCCGAUGCCAAACUCAACACCAACUUAACCACCUGCAUGUCUGGUAUUACAAGGGCAAGGAAAUCGGGAGUGAGUCACUGGAUGGUACAGUGCCAGGAAGCACAAUUACUGACUGGAAAUAAUUCUAAUCCUGAAUUGAGUAUUGGGUUUGACAUUAACAAUCACCCAUUCGGUCAGGUCGGCAGUGUUAAGUACUGUAUUUUUGUAAUGCUUUUUGUGGUUUCUGCAAGUGAUAAACUCUGAAAGCGAACAGGGAUUUUGCUUCCUACAAAAUGAAUUCAGAUUAUUAGCUUUACUUGGUGUUAUUUUGUGUCUCUAAAAGCUCUUACUGUUGUAGAAUACACAGAAUGUUAUUUAGAAAUGGCUUAUUGCAAGAAUACAGUUGGACUUGUAGCCCUGGCAAUGGCCAAAAUGAGGUGUUUCAUUGGGGCCUUGAUAAAGAGGAACUAUAGAGGCAGACUUUAUAUUUGGAUUUGUGCUGGUAUCUUUGCAUCCUCCAAAUGCCGUUUCCAAUGGUAUUUCUCAUACUCUAGUGUUAUGGACAGCCAUAUUUUAGGGGGAAAUCUUACUGUAGUGUUGUCCAAGAUAUAGCAUUACCAGAGGCAACUCUCUAAGCACUAUAGCAAUGUUCAAAGACAUAUAUAAAGCCAUGUAAUUUAUCAGUGAUGGACAUUCUUGUAAAUGCACUGUAUUAUAUCCUCUGUUCUGUAAUCCUGGCUUAAACCUUUACUUGACCACCUCUAGUAUUAUUUGGUAAGCAUCAAAGAUUCCAGUGUCGUCCUUAGCAGGACUCUGGGUAUUUCAAACAAGGGCAUCUUCUUUUUCAAUAGUUGGCCACGAAAGGUGUACGCAUCAUGGGAAUUCACCUUUUUUCCAUAAAAGUGUUUGCUCUAGGUUUGUCUACACCAUUACUCUCCAGCAGAAAAACACAACAAUGUUGAUCAUGUUUUUUUUUAAGGAAAAUUGUAUUUGUGUUAAGGGGUGUUUCUUGUAGUAAUUGCAUGAGAUUGCUUUAUGUAUUAGUUUUUUUAACAUACAAUUUAUACAAGGAAAUCAUUACACAGAAGUUGUAAGAGAAAUACUGUAAUUACUUUUAUUUGGAGAAAAAGCCGAAUGCAGCUAAUUGCCUUUCAAUGUUUAUUGCCUGCCUUUGUUAGAAUGCCUUGUGUAUAUUGGUGUAGACAGGUCUAAAGUAAUUGUCUCCUGCAUUUUAUUAUUAUUACUAUUAUUAUUGAGCCUUGUCCAUGAGUAGACUAGCCCCAGGCUCUUACACAGAAAAUAUUAAAGGAACUGUUAUGAAAUGCA